UCGUCCCAGGUUUCUACCCUUCCCCGUCCCUUCUCUCGGCUCUAAGUGGGAAGCCCCGGAGCUCAGAGUCCCCCGGCGAUGAGCCACAUCUACGGCAGCCACCUCUCCCCCAUGGGCAGUACCUCCAUGCUCUAUCUCCCAGCUGCCUUGAGCUUCGCCCCCGGCGGCACCAUUUCCCGGCAGGACCCCCCGCAGAAACCCCCUUACAGCUACAUCGCCCUCAUCGCCAUGGCUAUCAAAGAAGCUCCGGAGCAGAAGGUGACCCUCAGCGGCAUCUACCAGUUCAUCAUGGACCGCUUUCCCUUCUACCACGACAACAAGCAGGGCUGGCAGAACAGCAUCCGUCACAACCUGUCCCUCAACGACUGCUUCGUCAAGGUGCCGCGGGAGAAGGGACGACCCGGUAAGGGCAGCUACUGGACCUUGGACCCCCGCUGCCUGGACAUGUUCGAGAACGGCAACUACCGCCGCAGGAAGAGGAAGCCCAAAGCCCCGGGGCCAGCGGAGGUGAAGAGCAGCGUUGCCCCCGCAGACGGGGAGCAACCGGGGCCGGCCGCUCGCCCCGACGAGCCCAAAAGGGCCAAGGGGAAUACUGGGGAGGACUCGGGCGAUGGAGGGGUUCCCAAAGCGGGCGGGGAAGGGGGAGCGGCUCCUCGCGGGGGUCCAUCCUGUUGCGGCGCUGCCCCGGCUGCCCCCGCAGCCGCCGCCGCCCCAUCGCACAAGAACGGCCCGCGGGGCAGGAGCUUCAGCAUCGAGAGCAUCCUCGCCCAGGGGCUGAAGCAGAGCCCCGCUGGGGCAGCCCCUAAGGCGGCCCGGGAGAGCCCCGUGGGUUGCCUCAGUGGCUCCUUGGUCGCCAGUGGUGGCUUCGGCCCGGCCCUCAAUGCCUCCCUGAUGCUCGACUCCCAGGUACAUGGGAGGCUUUACCACAUCGGCAUCCCUUUCCUCUCCUGCUUCCCCCUCCACUUCUCCGAGGCUGUACUUAAUUUCCAAUAGUUGCCCUAUAAUUAUUAACCCCCUUCCCUCCCCGUCUCUGGCCGCUGCUCCCGGGAUGCCGACGGGAGGGAGAGACCGGACUCAGAUCUUACCAAGCGGGUAAAGACCAAAACAAAUAAGCAAUGUUCAAAAGUGACUCAGGAUUUCAGGGCAUUUUCAAGGCACGGCUUGCUUUGGAGCUCUCCUUAUCAAUUGUCUCCCCCUCCCCGACCCCCUCCCCAAACCCAACAGAUCGGCUUGUUAAGGUAAACCAUUUUUCUUUUCCCAUGGGUGGUGGAGAUGCCGAGGCAGUGUUGGGGGACGGGAUGUCCCACGCUCGCCUCCGAGCCCUGCUGGGUUUGCUCUGCACCUUUAGUCUUUGUAUCCCCCAGGUUCCUCAAACCUGCUUUUUGUGGAGCCCUUCAGCUCUCUGAAUUUCGUCUUUGUCAUCCUUUACAAACCCCAAACCCACCCCUUCCAUUCCAGGGGGAGGUUUGUUUUGCUAUUAAUACCAUGCAGAUAAUAAUUCCUGAUGUUAUCUCAACUGACCCAGUCUUCCUAGUGGGUAAAAAGCAGGUAACCAGAGCCAAAAUGAGGGGAGACCUAACAAUCCAGGCUCAUUCUUCACAGUCCCCCUUUACUUUAACUCAUCACUGUAGAUAACUGU